AUGGCUGGAAGGAGGAGAACCAGUUUCUCCGGCGUGUUCGUCACAACGCUGCUGGCUGUGAUUCUGCUGCCUGCAUUCUUGUCUGCUGGACCAAUUGUGAAAAAGGCCAAAGGAGAUGCGGGAGAAGGUAUCCAGGAGAGUGCGGCUGAUUCAGCGCUUCACAGGAAGCAGAUCAGAAACCGCAGGAACAUCAGCUGGUAUAAACAGAACUCAGACUUCUGGGGCUGGUACAAGUACUUCACUGACAACGGCAACCAGGAGGCAGUUCAGGAGAUGGACCGCAUCUACCUGGCCUACCUCCAGAACAAGAACCGUGCUGAGGGACGUCGCUCCUACAAGGCCUACUUGCGCCACUUGGGGGAUGUCUACAAGUCCUGCUCCGAUUCUGAUGACCCCAACUGCGUGGCUUCCUACACCAGCAGGCCCAAACCUAAGCCAGAGGCCCCCAAACCUGCACCUGUGAAAACCUGUGACCCCACCAAGGACGCAUACUGCCUGUACGCUGCUUUGGUCCAGGGCAAGAGCCCCUACCAGCCUCUGGUGCUCCCGGCUGCCACCCCCGCCCCGGCACCAGUGAAGGCCCCAGCCCCUCAGUACGCCCGCUCCGCUGCUCCAGCGAAGGACCCACAGUCAGGGUAUUACUACUACGCUCCAUCCGCAGGAUCCUUCCUUUCCAAGGAGCAGAAGGCUGAGCUGCUGCGUAUCUGCGCCUCUGAUGAUGUGGAGUGCCUGCAGUACCACUUGAAAGCGGCCUACGGGUAUUCACCCUCUGCCGGACCCCUGCCUUCCUACGCCCACCUUGGCUGUGACCCCAGCAAAGACCCCAACUGCAAACCCAAACUGGUGCAGAAAGCCCCGUCUGGUCUCUACCUGCAGUACCCCAACUGCGAUCCCCGGGAUCCCCGCUGUGCCCAUGCUGCCUCCCUUGUGGCGCCUCGUACCCCCAACCCUCCUGCCGCCGCUGGCCCUGGAUCCUGCAACCCUCUUUAUGAAGAAGGCUGCAACCCUCUUACCGCUACCAGAUUCGCCACUCCCCCUGAGGCAUAUCAAAAUAAGGAAGGAGAUGAGGCUGCUGCCAUUCGUGCUGCUCCUGUUGCGCAGAACGACCCCUAUGCUAUGUUCAGGGAUGCGGCGGCUGCUAUGCAUCGCCGCGGUCAUCCCUCCGCCAGGCAGCAGUUCCCUUUUCCCACUCCCAAUCAUGAGGAGCCUGCCCAGGAGGAGCGCCACCCUCUGGGCCCCCCAGGUAAAACCAAGGAGGGCUAUGACUGCUUCAUCGGCUACGAUCGCGAAUGCUUCCCUGUGAAGCCCACCGAGCCUCGCGCUGGACUUCACCGCCGCAUCCCCUACCCCGCCGAGGCCUACGAGCCCCACCUGAAUGCCGACGGCACACGCAGCGGAGUCCUGGAGCCGUCCAACCCACACUGCGACCCCGAGUACGACCGCGACUGCCGCCUGCGCCGCUUCGAGUCUCAGCCCGAGGCCCAGCCUGAGCAUCACACUGAGGAGGACCACAGCCAGGGGGCAGCAGAGAGCGAGCAGCAGCCGGAGCAGCAGGAACAAGAGCAGUACGAGGCGGAGCCCUACCAGAGCGGCCAUGAGGAACCUCGCAUGUCCUACCAGCCACUCUCACAGGGUAUGACCAGCCUCCAGGACAUACUGAGGCGGUACAGAGACCAGUACCCUGAGCAGGAAGAUCACAGAGCCUAUGCAGAUGACUACCGCAAGAAAUAA